CGCCUGCGCGCGCCAUUCCUCGCGGUCCUCCGGCCGAGCGUCCCGCCAGCCGCGUCUCGGCCAUGGCGGGCCCGGGGCCGCGCCCCGCCAAGGGCUACCGGGUGGUGCUGCUGGGGAGCGUGGCGGUGGGCAAGACGGCGCUGGCCACGCAGUUCGCCUGCGGCCGCUUCCCGGAGCAGUGCGAGCCGUCGGUGGAGGAGCUCUUCAGCAAGGUGAUCGAGGUGAACGCGGCGCCCGCGCUGCUGGAGAUCGUGGACACCGUGGGCGCCGAGCACCUGGUCACCCUCAAGGACCUGUACAUCAAGAACAGCGACGGCUUCGUGGUGCUCUACAGCGUGUGCAGCGAGGCCUCGUUCGAGGCGGUGCGGCCGCUGCGGGAGCGCAUGGGCCGGCUGCGGGGGCCCAAGGCCGUGCCGCUCGUGCUCGUGGGCACCAAGGCCGACCUGGACGCCGAGCGCCAGGUGCUGACGGCGCGGGGCCGCGCGCUGGCCCGCGAGUGGCGCUGCCCGUUCCUGGAGGUCACGGCCAAGAGCAAACUCAUGGUGGACCAGGUGUUCACGCAGGUGGUUCGCGAGAUGGAGGCCCUGGCCCCGCCCGAGGCGGCGCCCCCGGCGCCCCCAAGCAAUGCCCAGGAUACGUGGCCGUCGGAGAGGUUCAUCGGCUGAGACCCACGGUGGCCUUCGAGGACGCCCAGCGCUUUUCUGAUUCCCGAAGCUCAGCCCGCCUCCCCCGCUUUGGAAAGAAAGUUACGGCGAGGACCGGGGGUUACUCCGCGCAACCCGGACCGCGCCUCCGCCGUCUGCGAGCUCCGAGGGGCUGGGGAAGCUUCGCCGCUUUGCUGACCUCUUGGAGGAAGCCCCAGAUCCAGAUCUUCUGCCUGUGUGGGGAGCCGCCCUUUUCCUCAAGUGGGGUUUGUUACGGGAGCCCCCCGCCCCGCCUUUUUGGACAACGAGGGUCGCGAACCCGAGACUCGGUGCGGCCCCUUCCGUGAGGUUUUCGUGUGUUUACCUCGGCCCUGCAGCCUCGAACGCAGCGGUCCUGUGUCCCCUCUGCGUGUUUCUAAAUAUAGGGAUGACACACGGCGGGCUUGAAGGGCGGUGCGCACCGGGGAGGGGAGAGGGAGCCGCUGGCCCAGGCCUUGCCUUCGGGAACUGACGUCCCAGCGAUGCUGCAUCUGUCAAUUGAGUGAAAAUAAAGGGAUCGGAAAAGGU